AUGACACCCGCCAUCGACCUCGAAGCUACUGCUAACCGUCUCGACUCUUACUCGCCUGCUUCUUACCAGCUGCAGCACCAACACCAACACCAUCAUCAUCACCUCAACCAUCACAAGGAUACCGCCGAUCUCUUGAUGGAAGCCAAAGAAGCUCAGCGUAUCAAGACGCUCGAGAUCAUGGAUGCCCGUGCUGAGCUUCUUCGAUCUAAGCUCCAGGAUGAUGCUUCCAGUAUCACUACUGCUGUCGACUCCAACAGUGGCAGCCCCGAGAAAGUUCAGGAGGACUUCCAUGAUCCAUGCGGUCCUUUCGAAGGACCCGAAAAGCUUUUGGAGCUGUGGUUCGCAGAGGAACCUAUCGACGUUAGCGCUUGUCGAUGGGACGACCCUGAUGCUCGUCCCAACCACUUUGGAUUGCGUUCUGUCCCUAAGGCCGUUUGGGAAACCAUGCUCGACAUUGUCAAGUGCAAAGUUCUCAGCGUCAUCGAGAGCUCCCACGUCGAUGCUUAUCUCUUGAGCGAAUCCUCCAUGUUUGUGUUCCCGCACAAGCUCAUCCUCAAGACUUGUGGAACUACCACUCUUCUCCUUGGUCUCGAGAAGCUUCUCACUAUCGCGGCUAAGGCUCUUGCCGGUCUCAACACCUCGGCUAGCUUUGUCAAGCUCACCACUGUCGACUCCAACCGCUCUUGCUCCGACAGCAACAACAGCACCGGCAGCGGCAGCGGCGAUGAGCAGGACAGCGAUGAAGCAUCUACCGCCAUGUCCGACUCUAGCUUCAUUCAGGAGCGUCAACUCGGCUCGAUUGUCAAGCACGCUUUCUACAGUCGAAAAAGUUUUAUGUUCCCUGAGCGUCAAAAGGGUCCUCAUCGCGAUUGGAUGCUCGAAGUUGCCGUUCUCGAUCGAUUCUUCGAUCAUGGAUCGGCUUACACUGUAGGCAAGAUGAACGGAGACCACUGGUUGCUCUGGAUGGGAUGCGAGGGUGCUCUUCAACCCCCCUCUUCCAUCUCUGCUGAUGCGGCGGUAGAGCGACCCCUUGCCCUCCCCGCACCAUGCGUCGAAGAUCAAACGCUCGAAAUCCUCAUGACGCACCUCUCUCCCGCCUCCUGCGCCCGUUUCGUGUUCGACGAAGCUCUCCCUCACCCCACAAACUCCGAGUGUUUCCCUCACAAACCCUUCUCCCCUCCCAUCCUCGCCAACGAACCUUCCACCCUCGACAAAGGUCACGCUCUCGGUCUUGCCCUCUCCAACAAACUCGGUCUGACCGAUCUUUUCCCCGACACAGAACUCGACGCAUUCGCUUUCGAACCCUGCGGAUACUCUGCUAACGCCCUCAUGCCCCGCGGCGGCAAAAACGACAAUGCGGGAUACUGGACCAUCCACGUCACUCCUGAAGAAGAUAGUUCUUAUGCUAGUUUCGAAACUAAUGUAGCCCUCUGCUCUAACAGUGUCGAUAGCGGCGUGGAGGAAGAGGGAAAGAGUUUGAGCUUGCCCACCAAUCUGCCUUCGCUGGUGAGAAGGGUAGUGGACAUCUUCGAACCGGGGAAAAUGUCUGUUACGUUGUUCGUGGCUACUGCGGAUGAAGCUGAGGAAGAGGCUGCCGCUGCGGUAGUGGAGAAAGGUGGGCAAGUGGCGCUGACCAAUGAGGAUAUUCUGCACGCCUUGACGUUGAAGGGUUACAAAAGGACGGAUAGGAUCGCGUACGAGUUCGAGAGAUACAACCUUGUUUUCGUCAGUUUUGAGAAGAGGAGGGCUCACUAG